GUCGCCGGGGAACAGAGCACCCCACCCGGCUAACGAGCCGAUGAUGAUGCCUUCUUCCUCCCCCUUCGCCUGUCCUCGGCCUGGAGAAAGCUAGUCAAAUCUCCCUCUUUAAUGCCGCCUGGUAAAUUAGCCAGAUUGCCCGUCGUCACCAUGACAGAGGAAGAAACCAUAAACGUGAAGGAGGUGGAGAUCAUCAAGGUGAUCUUGGACUUCCUCCACUCCAGGAAGUUGCACAUCAGCAUGCUGGCUCUGGAAAAGGAGAGCGGUGUCAUCAACGGCCUCUACUCUGACGACAUGCUUUUUCUCAGGCAACUCGUGCUGGAUGGUCAAUGGGAUGAAGUCCUGCAAUUUAUUCAGCCUUUGGAGUGUAUGGAGAAGUUUGACAAAAAGAGGUUCCGUUACAUCGUGCUAAAGCAGAAGUUUCUGGAAGCGCUAUGUGUGAAUAACGCCAUGUCUGCUGAGGAUGAGCCACAACAUUUGGAGUUCACCAUGCAGGAAGCGGUUAAGUGUCUGCACACCCUAGAGGAGUUCUGCCCUUCAAAAGACGACUACAGCAAACUAUGUCUACUGCUCACCUUGCCUCGCCUCACAAACCAUGCUGAGUUUAAGGACUGGAACCCGAGCACGGCCCGGGUGCAGUGUUUUGAGGAGGCUUGCGUCAUGGUGGCCGAGUUCAUCCCGGCGGAUAGAAAGCUGAGUGAGGCUGGAUUCAAAGCCAGCGGGGAUCGCCUCUUCCAGCUGCUCCUCAAAGGAGUCCUUUAUGAGUGCUGUGUGGAGUUCUGCCAGAGCAAGGCAACAGGCGAAGAGAUCACCGAGAGCGAGGUCCUGCUGGGCGUGGACAUGCUGUGCGGCAACGGCUGUGACGACGUGGACUUGUCCCUGCUGUCCUGGAUGCAGAACCUGGCCCACAGUGUCUUCUCCUGCGCCUUUGAACAGAAGCAGCUCAACAUCCACGUGGACCGUCUGGUCAAACCGGCCAAGACCGGCUACGCCGACCUGCUCACGCCGCUCAUCAGCAAGCUGUCUCCGUAUCCGUCCUCGCCCCUGCGGCGCCCCCAGUCGGCCGACACCUACAUGUCGCGCUCUUUAAAUCCGGCUCUAGACGGGUUGUCCUACGGGCUGUCCAACCAGGACAAGCGAGCGAGUGGCGGCGAGGUCGCACCGGGUAAAGGCGUCUCCCCCAUGUCUCACUCUUUUGCUAAUUUCCACUACCCCGGAGCAGGCGGUCAGAACCUCAGCAGGAGUCUUGUGAUGGAGAGCUCUGACUGCCAUAGCAUUUUUGAGGAAUCACCAGAAACGUCAAGGACCGACACGCCCGUGGACAGCAUGAUGGCUUCAAGCGCAGCUCAAAACUCGCGUCCCGCCUCGGCUCCUGGAGAGGAUGCACCAUCGGUUGGCUCUGCUGAACAGAACGAGCUCUUGGACUCCGCCGAGAAGUACGAGGAAUAUUACCGUCAGCGCCUACGUGUGCAACAGCACCUGGAGCAGAAGCAGCAGCAGAGGCAGAUGUACAAGCAGAUGUUAUUAGAAGGCGGCGUGCAGCCGGAACCUCCACCCAGUGACUUGCAGCACAGCCUCACGGAGAAGUUUCUCAACAAGUCCAUCCAGAAGCUGGAAGAGCUCAAUGUGGGAAUGGAGAGUUUAGGGGAUGAGGUGAAGUCGUUGGCCCAGCAGUGCAACGGCAACGCGCCCGACUCCGAGUGCAACAACAACCCCCCUUCCGUCAGCCCGGAGCACAACAGGAGCCGCGGGGGCGGGGCGCUCAGCAGCACGCCGCAGCACGUUGCGGGUGGCCAUCUGGUCUCGCCCCCAAAUGAAUCCCCCGUCAUCCAACAGAGCGGGCAGAAUCACAAAGCAGGUCCACAAGGUGAUUCACCGGGAUCAUUAUCCCGCAGUACAGAGGGUGGCGAGAAAGAAAAAAGACUGUUCGUGCCCGUGCAUACUCUCGAGGACACUCAGGCUGUCCGUGCCGUUUCCUUCCACCCGUCUGGGGCCCUCUACGCUGUUGGCUCCAACUCCAAAACACUCCGCGUCUGCGCUUAUCCGGAAACGCUUGACACCAGUGGCUCAAGUCCAGUGAAGCAGCCGGUGGUCCGUUUCAAGAGAAACAAACACCACAAAGGUUCAAUCUACUGCGUGGCUUGGAGCCACUGUGGGCAGCUCCUGGCGACUGGCUCCAAUGACAAAUAUGUCAAAGUUCUACCGUUCAGUGCGGAGACCUGCAACGCCACAGGCCCUGACUUGGAGUUCAGCAUGCACGACGGAACCAUCAGGGACUUGGCCUUCAUGGAGGGCCCAGAAAGCGGAGGGGCCAUCUUGAUCAGCGCCGGAGCAGGAGACUGCAACAUCUACACCACCGACUGCCAGCGAGGGCAAGGCCUGCACGCCCUCAGCGGGCACACGGGUCACAUCCUGUCUCUUUACACGUGGGGCGGCUGGAUGAUCGCUUCCGGCUCCCAAGACAAGACGGUGCGUUUCUGGGACCUUAGGGUGCCCACCUGCGUGCGAGUGGUGGGCACGGCCUUCCACGGCUCAGGCAGCCCCGUGGCCUCGGUAGCGGUGGACCCAAGCGGCCGUCUCCUAGCGACGGGACAGGAGGACAGCGCUUGCAUGCUGUAUGACAUCCGGGGAGGGCGCAUCGUGCAGGUGUACCGCCCCCACGACAGCGACGUGCGCUCGGUCCGCUUCUCUCCCGGCGCGCACUACCUGCUCACCGGCUCCUACGACACCAAAGUCUUGGUCGCCAACCUUCAAGGUGACCUGACCAAGCAGCUGCCCGUGACACUGGUGGGGGAGCACGGCGACAAGGUGAUCCAAUGCCGCUGGCACACCGAGGACCUCUCUUUCCUGUCAUCAUCCGCCGACCGUACUGUCACGUUGUGGACUCACAACCCUUGACACGGUCGCACACACAUGGCACAACGUUUAACCUUGGCAGUGUAGGGAAUCACAAUGAUCAUAAACUAGCACAUAUGACACUCCGUCACAAUAUGAAAAUUCGGCAUUCCAUACUAGGAGCCUGCAGAUGUCAGCUCUUGCACAUUUUUUGCCUCACUAGCAUCGUAGUUCAUCACUGGUAUACACACACACACUCACACUCACUGUAUGCACAUGAGUUGCAUGCGCUUUCACUGACAAGAACGAAGCUCGUUUUCAUGAUGGUGCCUUUCUUGAGUUCUCAACACAGCAGACCCGAUCAAAUUCAAUGUUUUUUUGCCAACCCGUUUCCUUUAGCUACUGUUGUAGUUUUUCCUUUAAAUAAUUGUUUGGGAGAAGUGGAAGUAAUCAUGUGAAGUUGCAAUUUGCGAUCGUUCAGUGUGUCGAAUAGCAAUCUUGUGGCAGCUUUUACGGUCUGGUGUUGCCUACCAACAUGCUGAUAGUACCAUACGUGUAAAUUGUUCUUAAAUCGAGUCAUCAGUAUUUUUUUGAAGGAGCCAUUAUAAACAAUGAGCGAUUCAAUCGCAUGGCUUAAAAACAAUUGCUGCGAUUGUUAUCAGCGUCCAAGAGGAAUACAAGCCUCUUUUUUUUUUUUUUCUUCAUUUGUAGUUCUUUUGUUUAAAUGCUGCUGUAAAGAUGCCCCAUCAAUAAGGGGCAGUCACUCCGCUUACUAAUUUUAUGCACAGUAAAUAGGAAGUUAAUAUUUAUUUGAAGCCAGUAUUUGGGACAUUGAUUAAGUUCAGUUCUUGAUAUUUAAUGCACUUUGCUGUUUGAUGCAACUGUUUUAUCCUUGUGAAUUAUUUUCAAACAUUUUGAAUCCUUGCAUAACACCAAACUAAUACAUGCAUAUUUAUGUCUGUUACGAUUAUGUACAGUUAGUAUGUUUUUUAAAUGCUAGUGACUGAUGUAUUAAGCCUCUUAUUUUCUGAAAAAUAAAAAAGGGAUUUAAUUUAAUGCAAGCUAACAACAGAUUUAUUGUUUUUAAAUGCUAGUGACUAAUGUAUUAAGCCUGUCUUAUUUUCUAAAAAAUAAAAAUGAUUUAAUUUAAUGCAAGAUAACAGAUUGAUCUCAUGUUCAAUAAAGUUUCUUUACAUCA